UUCGGUAAAGCGUUUGUUUCUUGUGUAACAUUUUAAGACGUUCGAAGAGUGCGCUCGAACACAUAAAGACUGAUUAUAGUGAUUCGUAAUUAUAUAUCCGUUUACCGAUUUCUAACUUUGUGUAAGGAACGUGUCAACGAAGUUCGACGGUGUGAACACAUUUAUACAACGAUAACGGAUAAUUUGACAAAUAAGCGCAUCUAGCCGAAACAUUAGGUGACUUUAAUCGUUUUAUCCGCGAAAAUCUUGUCGAUCAAAUAGGUAAUACGAAAAAAGUGAGGUAGUGAAAAAUAGGCAAAGUCGAAGUGAAGCGGCUGAGGAUUUUAUUAACGAGUAAUCCAGCAACGAAACAAGCUCCCGAGUGUCUCGAAGAUUAACGAUAAUUAAAAAACCGGUGGAAGUUGGUUACCCCGAGGAAGCUGCAAAGUAGCAAGAUCCCACCCGCAGGAGAUCGUGAACUUAAAGAGACCCAGGUGGAAGUGGUCCAGUCCGGGUCAACGAUCGGCGUUAGUAGAUCGUAUCAGACCCCUCAGCAAGGAGGGUGGGUGCAGUGGUGCAGUGGUUGCAGAAGGGCCAGCGAGGUUGGGGUGGCCUCGUCUACAGGCGCCUUGGCACCGAGUGCACCGGGCCCCGGGGCUGCAGUGGUGGGCUGCUUGGUUGGGGUGUACCCGUGUUCUCCCUCCUCCACGGGGCCCAGGGGCCCCAUAACUCAUCACUUCCAGGCUAUUCCGAGUCAACAACAACCGAUUGGUUGCCGUGCCUGUUGCUGCGUGCAUAGCAAUCACCAGCCAGCUUCGGUCCAGCUUACCAGUCAGCGGGGCGGCCUAUCGCUGAGGGUAGCGAGGGUGGCGUCCACCACCUCCGUCCGAGCCGCCCCCUACGCCCACCCCCAGCACCAGGGGCUGGGGCAGGAGUGCAGGUAAUAAUAAAUUACUAAACAUACAUUGUAGCUUCACUUCGACACGUAUAGUACUCUACUACUACUACCACUACUACUACUCCUAGUACUACUAUUACUACAACUACUACAAAUAGUAACCACUACCAUUACUACUUCUACCUAUACUACUACCGCUACAUCCGCUUCUACUCUGCUCGUCGUCGUCGUCGGCAGUGUUUGACAAAAAUAAAAAAAAGUACAAUAUAAUAAAAGUAUAACGUAGUAGCACGUCGAAGUAACAAACACGGUUGAUGGAGUAAAAGAGUUAUCCAAAACCAAAAACGCACAAAAAAGGUGUAGGGAGGAGACGGGGGCAUUGGGUGGAGGUGGUGCGCACAUCCUCGGCAGCCCGAUGCUGUUCGUCCCGUUCACGGUGCCCACCUUCCCCGCGACGCAUCAUCAGACGACCCACCCUGCGCAUCAGACGCAUCAUCAACAGCUACAAGCCACUACCCAGAAUCCGGUGCAGCAGCCGCAACAACUCACGCAGCUCAAUCAGCUGAGCCACCUGAAUCAUCAAGGCAUUGUACCGGCUACGACCAACCAGCCGACCAUACACAGCACCAGCUGUUCGCCGCAGCAACAAGCAACUACACCGAAUAAGGAGAUGAAAGUUAACUGGGCCACGUCUCCGGGAAACCAACCAAAACAGGACACCAGCAAACACUAUCACAUUUUCGUAGGAGAUCUGAGCCCAGAGAUCGAGACGCAGACCUUGAGGGAAGCCUUCGCUCCUUUCGGCGAAAUCUCAGAUUGCAGAGUUGUAAGAGAUCCACAGACGCUCAAAUCCAAAGGAUAUGGUUUCGUUUCCUUUGUUAAAAAAGCGGAAGCGGAAAGUGCCAUCGGUGCCAUGAAUGGACAAUGGCUCGGUAGCAGGAGUAUUCGAACGAAUUGGGCGACUCGCAAACCCCCUGCACCAAAAUCCGAAGCAAAUACAAAACCAUUGACUUUCGAUGAAGUGUACAAUCAAAGUAGUCCGACCAACUGUACAGUAUACUGCGGUGGACUAACUAAUGGUCUAACAGAAGAGCUAAUGCAAAAAACUUUCUCGCCUUUUGGAUCCAUCCAAGAGAUUCGUGUAUUCAAGGACAAGGGUUAUGCUUUUAUCAGGUUUUCUACCAAAGAAUCGGCGACACACGCUAUUGUGGCGGUACAUAACACCGACAUCAAUGGUCAAACGGUGAAAUGUAGCUGGGGCAAGGAGAGCGGGGAUCCAAACAAUGCGCAGCAAACGGGACAGGCGUUAUCGUCGGCGACGUACCCAUACUACGCGGCGGCAGCAGCUGCCGCCGCGGCGGCGGCAGGAGUCGCGGGUGUCGGAGGCGUCGGUGGCGUCGGCGGAGCUGGCCAGCUAGGAUACUGGUAUCCGCCCCAAUCUUAUCCUACGACAGCGACGCAGAUGCAAGCUGGUGGCUUCCUCCAAGGAAUGCAAGGAUAUACUUAUGGACAGUUCGCCGGAUAUCAACAGGCGCAGUACAUGGGAAUGGGAAUGGGUGUCCACGCUGCUGGCACGGCAGCAGGUUGGGGCCAGGGAUUACCUGGGGGACCACAGUUACCCCCACACCACGCCACGACGGUCACGGCACCCCCAGGGGUGCAAGCCGCACCCCCACCACCACCACCUCCGGCACAAAUGAUGGCCUACCCGAUGCAACAGUUCCAGUAUGUAUUUGAAGAAGUAAGGGGCCCUAACAAUACAUAUUCGAGAUGAGGGAAUACUAGUGAAAAAGAGUUAUAAAGCCUAUCAAGAUCCUGCAUAAGAAUCUUUCAUCACACUAGCGGAUGAGGACUGGCUGACGCCUAGCCUUCUAGUGUGAUGGUAAGCAAGUACACCCCACCAACAGGAACAACUUCUACAGCAACAACAGUUACCACCACCACCACCACCAUUAUCACCACUACCACAACUACCAACAACAACAAAAUUUCCGUCACCAUCGACGCCACCGCGACAGCAAAAGCAACAAAAAUCAUGCCGCUUCCGGCUUGAUGAAACAUAAAAGCAGAGGGCAGAAAUUGCCAAACGUAGUUAACGAUCGCUUUAAUGAACAGAGCAAGGGAAAAAAAAAGUAUGACAGGAAAAGGGGAUGAAUUCUUAUCUAUAAAAGCAUUUCUUAAAGUAAACGAUAAAAAAAGACAAAAAAAAAAAUGUAAGGAGAGUAUGACAAAGAAAAAAGAGAGUACUUCCAGAUUCCCCUAAAAUUUUCACGUCCAAUAUAACCGGCAAUCUUUACGGGAAAGAAAACUAACUGGUACCGUCAACAAGUCGGAGGUAUCCUCUCGUCCAGUCUGUAGGGUAAUGUAGUGUCUCUCUCGGCUUGAAUUAAUAGAUAGCGUUGCCGUCACGGUAGUGUCAAAAGCUUCAGUAAUGAAACACGAAUUCCGGGAUACGCGGACCACCAUGUGAUCAUCAAAGACAGUUUGUAGCGUAAACAACCAAUAUUUUGUGUGUUGUAUCGUCCACAAAGGACUGAUUACGGAAGAGACGAACGAGUUGACGCAUGUUGAACAAGCUCGUGAUUUGCACUUUCCGCCAUUUAAUCGACGCUAAACUCCUUUAUCGACGAUAAACUUCUAAAAAGAGAAAAAAAAAAAGAGCAAAAGAAAAGCGAUAGGACGCCGCCAGUUAUCGACCCGUAACCCGGAUUCAUUAUUUUUGUAGUUUGGGCUUAACAGUGAAAAUUAAUAAGUCGAAGACGUAAAAAGAAACUGUAAACGCGUUACUCGAAGCGCGAACCAGCGACCGUCAAGUAAUCGUGCUGUAUAAAUAAUAAAUAAAAGAAAUCGAUAAACACGUGCACACUCGUGAAGAUUAUAUAAAGUAAAUUUAACAGAAAAAAAAGUUAUUAUAAACGAAAUUCAACAAUUAGCUAGUUAGGUAGGUAUGUUAUAAUAAAAAGUUACUCGAGGACGAUUCGAAAUUCGGCGGCAAGGCGGAAACAGACCUUCAGAAAUUCAACGAUUCCGCGUUCCUGAGGAACUGUUUAAACGUACAACCACUCGACUAUCGUGAACCACGGAACUGAAAGAUCCACGUGUCUUAAUCCAUUUUCCGCCACUGCGAGGACUUCUUCCUUCGGUUAUUAUAUUUAUUAUCAGACUCGAGGCCAAAAGACAAAUCAUGCGCGAAGUCUUCGCAGAACAGUCGAAGAGCCGUUUUUAUUAUUCGACUUGAUCCUUUUGACGCGGCACUUAGACAGUUGGAUAUUUUUAUAAAAGAUCAGCCGUAUGCGCCGAGGGGUGUCGACCGAUGCUGUUGGCGCGCCAAUCUCGCGAUUAAGGUAAAACAAACGUAACACACGAUACAAUAAAAAAAAAAAAAAAGAAAGCAAGAUAAAAGGAUAUGAAAAGAUGGAAGGAAGCGACGAUUGGACAAAGCGUCAUCGAGCGAUCGAUCGACUCCAAUCAAUCGUGUCGGGUCUACCGUGGUUUUUAACUUAUACCUUAGAUUUUUAUAUAAUACGAAUACCAUAGAACCAAAGGGAAAAAUCUCGACUUUAAGACGCUUAAGCAAUAAAUCACUAAGCUUAGGAAAGCGAAGAAACAAACCGUUUAUCCCUGCGUCUCUCUACUGUAACUUGCUCUCAGCUAUUCAGUUUGUGAGCCACGAAUUCGUAACAACGAAGGGGUACAUAGAUCGGAGAGAAGGGACACGACGCGAGUUUUAAGAAAUCGAUAAGAGAAAAAGAAAAAAAGAGAAAGAGAAAAGAUGGAAUGAAUCGGUAAAUGGUCUGUCCGACGUCCCGAAUUUCGACUUGGCCAAUCUAACGAAACAAAAGAAAUAAAAAAAAAAACGAAAUCGAAACAAGUGUAAGUAAGAAACAAGUGUAAGCAUGCGUGGAUACGCUCGCGCGUACGAACGAGAGAAUGUUAGGAAGAGAGAACGAGGGUGAGCGAACGAGAGUCUGCGAAUAAUGAGAAAUUAUACAACAAGCGAGAGACGAGAAAAAAAGAUUAAACAAUUCGUAGAUAGACACAUUGCACAAACAGCACGAAAGUUAGAUUAGAGAUCCGUCGAGUUCCUUCCUCGCGAACGCGUAUCCUGUCCUCCGAUUGAAUCUUUCAAAGGUUGUCUCUCUUUGUGUAAUUCCGUCGGAAUCGGAAAACAAAAUCCCUCAGCCUUUAAACCGUUGCUAUAUAUGUAUAUAGUAGCGAAUAAAGAAACGAGAGAAGAGAUCGUUAGAAAAGAAACAGGUUAGGGAUUAAGAAAAAAUGAACGCGAAGACCGACGACGGUUUAACAAGUAUAACGAGGACGAAGUAAUCCCAUCUGAUUUGCCUAUCUAUGAUCCCCGCUUUAGACCUUCGUAACCUGUCCAUACUUACUCCAUGCUUCGUCUCUUUCAGUUUUAAGCACGAUCCGAUGCUUCCGUAUCGUACUUCUUCUGUUUCGCCGUCGACCGUUCGAAAUCACCCUUUGAUAGACGCCCACUCUCUCUCUCCCUCUCUCUUUCUCUCUCUCUCUCUUUCUCUCUCCUUGCGCCCGUGUUUGUACGGUAUCUUUUUUUCUCAAUAAUGAAACUGUCUCAUCAUACGAGCGCGCGUCGUCGGGUGCAAAGCCAUGAGUUUCGUUAUGAUACGAUGAAUCCCGUAGGAUUUAGACGAACGAACCGAAUAACGGAUAGAGAAACGAAAGAAAUAGAGACGAGCAAAAAGAAGAGAAAAAAAAGAAGGAGAGGAUAAAGGGGAUGAGCAAGAAUGGAAAACGGGCAAAGGAAAAGGAGAAAAAUGGAGAAAGGGGGAAGAAAACGGGGAGAGAGAUAAAGAGAGAUGGACGACUUUGUUAUUAAUCAAAAGAUAGACGACGGAUCGUGCUUUAAACGAAUCAAAAGCGUUCAACGUUUUCGAAUCAAAAAACGCGACGAUCAAAGAACGAUACAGGGACGUUUGCGAGACAUUAGAAUUGAUGAGAUCGCGAGAGCAUCGAAUACAAGAGAAUGACGAAAUCAAACCCGCUUGGGACAACGUAGCAUUUAGGAAAUAUCAGUAAAUUUACUAAUUUCCCGAACGAUUCGAUACGUAGUACGUGGAUAUGGAUAUAAAAGGUGUGCCUUCAGUCCAUCUCGCGGACCACAAAUAUUUCGUACCAUUAAUUCCUUGUAAACUAAUAUUGUUCUAUUCGGCGAGAGAAAACGAGCAAACGUUUCUAUGCCUGAAACAUAAAACGUAUGUAAGUAUAUAAAUCUGACAACUACGCGUAAUUCGAUAAUCUCUUAGUGUCUUCCCAGUACGAAAAGCAUCUCGACAGAACUUUACAAAUUUUACGUAGCAAGAUUAUUUGUUAAAAUUUAUUACGAUUUAUAGAUGUUCGAUUUUAUUAUUGAAAUUGUUAAAUUAGCUGAAUUAGUUGACUAAUUUUCAUUUAAAUUUUACUACCCGGUUAACUCGGGUAUUUAUUGACGUUUAUUUCUCAAACGGCGAAUCUUCGUCCGAGAUUAUUCAUAUUCUUACAUAGUUUUCAAAUUGACACUCUGUAUACUCUAUACGAGAUCAGUGCGAUAUUUUCAUUCGGAUUAGUUGUUUCGUGUGGAUAAGUUAAGGCGAGAACUAUACAGAUGAAUCAAAAAUUUGUACAAUGGAGAAAUUUUUAUCGUGUACUUAAAACAUAAGGAUUGUGGCCCAAGAUUUAAAACCAACACCAAACAUAUUUCACUCUAUGCCCGUCAAUUGUUUUAUAAUUGAUAAACACGAGAGAGGUAAGAGCCAUUUGUAAAAAAAAAAAAGAAAAAGAAAUUACACGAACAUACAACGAAGUAAUACAAAAUUCAAUAACACGUUAUCGUGAAGCGCGGACGUGAAUCAUUGGCUAUUCCAAACAGUAACGGAGUUCUGUUUCUCGACACAAACGUAAUGAAAUACACAGCCUAAAGGACACGGUACCGAUCGCGAGGAAGAAACGAAAGAAUUAUAAAUAAAUAUAUACAUACAUAUAAAUACAAAAAAAUAUAUUAUAUAUAUAUAUAAAUAAAUAAAUAAAUACCAAAACGUGCAGCGACGACGAAAGCUGUUAUUUUGAAUCGUCGUAAGCGAAAAAAGAAAGCGCUGUGCGUGAGAUAAAAAAAGAAAUAGCUUUUAAGAGACGACAUAAGAACAUAAGUGAAACAAAAUAUCGUGUACAUUAUUAGUUAGGCGAACAAACAAGAAAAAAAAUAAAAAUAUAGGUUAUUUUUCUGAAAAGUGGAACGAGCGAGAGAAAAAGGGAAAAGGGCGGCGAAUAAAAUGGCAGGUAAGAGUUAGAAUGUACGACGUAAAUCGUAGCGUGAAUUUAAGGGGCAGCGCGAGGCGUCGUAUUGAAAGAAAGUCGAUUAAAGGGGGGUGGGGGAUGAAGGAGAAAAUCAAAUCAUACGUCUGGUACACUCUACUCUUACGUCCUUCGGCCGUAUAAUCACUCCCCUUGCCAGAAAGUUCACUUCUCGACUCGAUUCCACUUUCAACGGGAAGAAAGAGAGUGGUCCCCCACUCUUUUAAAGAAUCAGCGGGGAUCCUCGUCCUGUAAAAAGUAUUUGAAGAAUGACGCCUUAAGCAUUAAGGCGUGUAUAGAACUUACCGCUAGUCUCGAGUACGUUGUCUAGGUAAUAAAGCAAAUGAAGCUAGCCAAGUAAAAGGAGAAAAAAUAAAGGAAUACAUGGCGCAGCGUCAAAGGGGAAACCAAAAAUGUAGUAUAAAGUGAUAAGUAGAUAAUUAAUGUAAUUUAAUUAGUAGAAGAUACCACGGGGUUUUGGAAAGUAACGACCACGAAACGAGAGUGGAAUCGAGGAAAACCGUGUAAAGAAAUUUAGGCAAAAAAGGGUGAGAAUGAUGCGAACAAUACAGAAGGAUGAGAGCAAGAGAGAAUGGGAGAGAGAGAAUGCACGCUAGAGUGAUACGUCUAAUAGAAAAUGGUCAAAUCCAUUUAUGGUACCUAAGUCAUGUGCGUAAUCACGCCCAGAAAAAGGAAUACAAAAUGACACGUACACUGACACUCGUACAGGUAAAACGCACGCACGCACGCACGCACAAACACACGUACACGUAUGUAAAUACACACGUACAAACAAAAUCAUAUUCUCUACACGGCAGCGUACGUAUAGAGAACGUAGCGGCGAGAAACUUAACAACAACUCUAGGCUUAGUAAUCUAGUCUAGCUUGACGAUCGCUAAGUUAACAAAUAAGAAGAAGAAAAGAAACGUUCAUGAAAAAAAAAAAUGAAUAGCGCAAUAACUAUAUCCGCAAAUCACAUCGAGCACCGUUACACGACAUGUACACACACGCACACAUAAAUACUACACGUAAACGUAAAACACAACAAGGCAUAAACACGGAAAUAAAAAUAUAUAGGAAACAAGCUGCGGCUGCUGCCUCCAUCCUUCGUCCGUGUUCUCGAGACGCAAACUCUAGAAUUUCUACAGCCCUGUAACGCGUCCGAUAUUUCGCAAUUCUCGCCGUUUCAAGAAUUUUUACCGUCGUGUCGUUUAAGCUUCAGCAAGCUGGCAUACCAGCUGCCUAGCCGUUAUCGAAUCACGACAUUCUCGCGUUACCACGACCCAGUUCCUUCUUUUUUUUUUUUUUUUACCAACCUCCUCUCCUAUUCUUCUUUCACACUUACUGGCAUCUUCGACUUUCUUUCAUUACUACGUAUCACGUCUUUGUGACAUUCUUUUGUCCCGACAUCCUUUCUUCUUCGUUUUGUCUUCUGGCUUCCUUGCCAUCCUUCUGUGCCGAACGACCGAAUCGCUCUACAAAUGAUUUCCUACACAGAAGGAUUCCUCUCAUGGAGAUUUACCAAAUAUGAUAGCCGACAAUCAUUCAAGAAACAUACACUUAGAGACUUGUACGUGUUCCUCUCAACGAGGACUAAGUGAAAAUAAUUAACCAAGUUCCAGUAUGCUUUCACGCGACGUCUUACGAACAAUGGACAGAGAGGAUUAUCGGCAUCGGCGGCGAAGGAAAAUAGGAAACGCUAUCGCAUCGGUUUUGUCGAACGCCCUGUUGAUAUUCAAUGUAUCGAGUCACUACACCUUCGCUUUUAAUAAAUAUACAACGAAACACUGUUUCAAUGCGUCAAAAGCGUUACACGCGCAUAAAGCACAUAUAAAACAUAUCACUGCGUUGUUUAGCAAAGUCCGUGAAUCUUCGUUAGAAGUCGUAGAAAGAAACAACAAAUGUAACGUUGUUGAUAGAUCGAGUGGCGUAAGUCGCAAGUAUUGGCCGCUUAAAGCGGUUUUUGUUCUUGAUAGAAGUGAAACGGUGAAUGAAAAUAUGAAGUUUGUAUGGUAGAGUUAGGAAAUUUAAACAGAAUGGUUGUUAAGUAUCUCGUAUUGUUUCGUAGACAACCUCUAUAAUUAAAAUUGCUAACGUGGUUACAUUCCUAUAUAAAAUUCUUCGUUCUUGUACAUGCUUCGUGAACAAAAAGUUUUCAUGAUUGAAAUUGAUUUAACUAUUUCGUUGAUAAUAUAGGAGAAAUUUAUUUUAAGUAGAAGUUAUCCUUUUACGCAAUUUGUCGACCGUUCCUUCGACCAUGCGCAGACAGACGGACUGCGUGUACCUAUCUUACCGUCCUAUAAAAUAACAUUGUUUAAGAGUAGUUACAUUUGUUUAAAAAUGUUACUCUGAGAUGAUACGCGCCAAGUAAGAUCACGGCAUAUACAGUAAUUAAACGAUCAUGUAACGUUGUACAUAUAUAGAGUCGUUUCGCAUAUGUAGCAAGAAUCUAGAGAAAUACGACGUAGAAAACUAUAGAUAACUACCAGAUCUAGGUAACCGUACGAUUUAGUCACAGCUAUUGCUGAUUCUUUGUAGCAGCCCGCAGUGGAGUAUUCGUCUGUCCUUUGUGUACAAAGAAGAUUUUGUGUUUGUACAAAUGAAAGAAAAAGAAAAUUGGUGAACAAAAUUGUGUAUUUAACCGUUUGCGCUUGUUUAAUGUUGUACAAAUAAUAUCGCAUCGGAUUCUGAAACAUCGUAAAAAGAGCGUAGAAGUCAUGUUGGUAGAUUAAACAUAACAUGAAAAUAUCGUCGUCGAUAAUUGUUAACCAUGAAAUACAACGCAUGUAAGUAGGCCAAGCAGAGAAACGUAAUACUUUAGUGAAUGCACAUAAACGCAAGAAUUCCUGCUUUUGUCGUCGAUAACUUGGCUCUCCUUUCGUUCAAAUUCAUAGUAGGAAAAAAAAAAUAUAGAAUGUUACGAGCGCAAUGAAAAUAAUUCAAGUGUUUAACAAAUGGAUGACAUGCACGGUUUUCUUUAUUCACGGGGAAACAAAAACGUCAAACACCGGGAAAUCUAGUCUUGAACUUUCGAAAAGUUUAUCCGCUUGAAUUCAAUCAUCACCUGUAACGUCAUCUUGUCAAUCGGAAACUGGCAAAAGGGUAGGAAGGCAGCAGUCAAGUCACUCUAGAAUACCGAUGCAGAGUACCGUGAAAACAGUUUAGCGUUAACACAAGAAUGUUUAACAGAAAUUUGUAAGAGAUGAUGCACACAGCGAAAGAAAGCAAAAGUAGGAGCCGUAAGCGUAGUCACCGAGCAUACCUUAAAAUAACAUAUGUAUAUGAUCAUAUAAAUAUAUAUAUUACAAAAAAAAGACUACAAAAAACCAACACGCGCAUCUAUAUGUGUAUACAUACAUACGUCUAUAUGUAUAUGUAUAUAUACACACACGUAUAAUACAAAAAAAAAUAUGUAUAUUAUAUAUACAUACCAGAUAUAAAUGUGUAAGAAGAUAAUAGCCGACAACUAGAGAUUAUAUCGAAUAUAAGCUUAGAAAUGAGAACAGGAAAAGGGGGCGGAAGACGCGUCACCUGCUAACGCGUACUCCGCGACAUACUGUGUUAAAUACCCUUAGCCGUAAGGAAACUUCAAAACCAUUGAAACGUAUCUCGUAAAAGAAACAGACACGAGAGAAAAUGUUGUGGCUAGCCUGCCGGACCCCCUGAGCCCCUAAAAAUAUGAAUAUGUAAUACGUUUGCUACAUCGAAUGAAAGGAACGCAACGAUAUUACGAGAGCGAAAGGAGAAGAAAAAAAAAAGAGAGAAAGCGAUCAAGCGCAUGAGAAAGAAAAUACGUGUAUGUAUCGGUUAGCAAGUGAGUGAAUAAAUGAACAAGAGUGAGCGUGUGUGAGAGAGAAAGUGUGAACGAUAGAAAUUCACGCGCCUCGACGGAAAAAAGACAACUUCUUUGGAGAGACAAAAGUUUAAUAAUAAACGCUAAUUACGAUCACGUCCGAUUCAUACAGAGAUUACGACGUUCCUUCAUUGUUUCGUAAUGUUUCGUACGAUCCGACGUGCGCGUCACGGGGUCCAUUAUUAUAUCGUAUAAACCCCUUCCCACUCCCAUUCCAACCCCCCAGCGCGGUAUGCGGCAUAUCACUUACGACCGUACGCUAAGGAGUAAGGUGCCUUUUUUUCACUUCAUCGUGUGUAUGUAUUUCGGGGUUAAAACAAACGAACAAAACAAAGAAACCAAAAAAAAAAAAAAGAAAAUAAAAAGAAAACGCGAGUAAACAAAGGGGGAAAAAUCCAACAUAAGAUUUUAUGUAUCACGUGUAGAAACGGCACGACGGAGCUCAAGGGAAGGGGCAUGUGACAUCCAUCCAUCGUACGUCGUCCGACAUACUUUCACAUCGCGAAGAUCCCUUUCCAAAACUCUAAUGCGAAGCGUUGAACGGCAUUGUGAACAAUGAUGUAAUCGAGAAUUCGAAAUGUAUUUCCGCGAUUCGAUGAACGGCCCGCGGGGUCCCAUGGCAGCCUCGUUGCAUACACUUAAGCUUAGGAGAUGUGCAGUUGCUGGACACAGCUCAAGGAGCAACAACCAAGCAAAACCUUGUAUAAUGUACUUACAUGUAAUUUCUAACGACGUGACAGAGACGAUACGCGAUAACGUAUCAGGUGCGCGUGCGCGAAUACAGGCCAAUACACACAUACACAUAUAUGUACACGCGUAUACCUAUAAAAUAGUAAAAUUCACGUACACGUGAAACAGAUAGACACAUAGGAAUGGAUGAUACAAACGUACACUUUAUACACGAAUCACACAGGUGACAUUACUUAAAAAAAGAAAAGAAAAAAAAUAGAUGCACACGUGCACGUGCACAUAGAGAAAAAUGAUGGAAGAUACCUCCAAAAGACAAUUUUCACAGGAUAUAACAAUGGAAACGCGAGACGCCCUGGGACGUGCGUGAAAAAAAACGUGUAUGAUAUUAUGUAUACAUAAUAUAGCAUAUAAAGUAUAUUAUAAAUAAUGAUGAAUAUAAAUAAAAAAUAUAUAUAUAAAUACUAUGAAGAAGUAAACAAAGUAUAAAUAUGAAGGAAGUAUAUAAACGAGAAUAUAGGAUAAAACACGCUUAGGCUUAAGAGUAUAAGAUAUUAUUAUGAUGAUAUAUGGUUGGUUUAUAAUGUAAAAUAUAUUAUAGAAAAUGUA